AUGUCCGCAGCUCCAUACAUCACCACAGCCAGGAAUGCGUGGAAAGGGCCAGGUUCUCUUGCUAAGUCUCGCCAACACUUCGUCUCACCCCUCACCCACCCUCUGGCUUCCUCACGUCAUGGCAUCCCGAACGAACCCUGGCUGGGACCCUUGUCACCAACACUUUUCUCGCAAACGCGGUUUCGACCGUCGGUAUCGGAUGGGCUGAACGGAAACUCUAUCAAUGACCAUAAACCACCGGAUGAGCGGAUCCUGAAAUUGGGAAGGACGCUUCGAACCCUUUCUCCUCUCCUACCCACCCUCCUCAUCAAUCCGCUGCCUCCUAAGAUCCUAGCUCCGAGCGUCACUCUCCACCUCUUUCCGUCGACGCAUCCACAUCUUCCCACUGUUAAAGGAAGGACCCUCUACCGUGCUGCCCUGUGGACCGUACCGGUGGCCUGGAGUAGCUUACCCUUGGUGGGGAAUGUUCGACUACAAGUAUUAAGUGAACGCAUUGUUCGCGCCGGAACAGUCUUGGAUCCGGAACAAGUUAGCGACAAUGAGUGCGGAGAUGAACGACUAGUUGUACGGUGGAAGACGGAACCCCGGGGCGAGGACUCUUAUUCGGAGGCGUCGGCCGCCACUAGAUCAAUGAAUGGUAAAGACCGUCUGGAAUCGCAGGGGAACGGUCGUCUUUCAUCGUCCAAGGAUGGGAUCAAUAAAGGGCUGAGUGUGUUGUUGGGUGGCGAUGCUCCAAUCUUUCCACUAUCCAAGGAGGAACAGUUUACCGGGCUUUUUAUCUUCUCAUUUGACGAGGAGGGCCGCAUCUCGUCACAUACGAUUGAACAUGCUGAUGAUGCUGCUGGCUGGGAACGAACGGCAAAGUUCGUAUCGUUGACCGACUGGUUAAUCGGGAAAGCGAGAGGAUCUUUAGACCCUGUGACUGGACCUGGUUUGGCGAUGCAGAGCUGUCAGGGUUAUCGUUGGCAUUCAACGGACAGACAUUGCUUACAUCGCUGA